UUUAGGGUGAAAGUUCAGAUGGAUUUAAACCUGGAAGAUGGACACACGUCUUCAUCAUUAUCUUCAUCCUUUUCUCCGUCCUCAGUACCUGGGGAGCAGGACGUCGUGGUUCUGCGAAGGUGUGCUCUCCGGUUACGCACCGCCAGUGUUGUGUGUGUGUUCAAAGCUCUGAAAGUGUGUGUACUGUGUGACAACUUCAUCACUGACAUUGAGCCGCUGCGGCAGUGCGUGAACUUACUGAAGCUCGACCUCAAAGGCAACCAGAUCACUCAGCUACCUGAAGCUUCAUUCUGGAAGAAUCUAAAGGCGUUACAGCUGCUGUUUCUACAUGAUAACGACAUUUCUGUAAUGAGCGAAAUUGCAGGUCUGAGUGUUUCUCCGUCUCUCAACGCUUUGACUCUGUAUGAAACACCACUCAGUCGCAGGAGAAACUACAGACACUGGGUCAUUAACAGCAUCUUCAGCCUAAAGGCCCUGGACCAUCACAUCAUCUCAGAUGAAGAGAUCAUCGAAAACUGGAAACUUCCUCUCAGAUUUAGAGCCAUGACACCAAAUUUAUCAGUCCGUCUGUAUCUGCCAGCUGACAUGGAGGCUGAUGAGGUGAAAACACUUCGUGCAAUAAUUUCAGAAAUAAACAGAAUUCAAGCUGCAUUUUCUCCAACACUCAUCAUACAGAAGUGGACUAGAGGCCAUCUGACCAGGAGGCAUCUGGGGUUCUGUAGAGCCCCUGCUCCUCUGAAAACAUUAAGAAGGGACUUGACUCCGGUGGGUUCUGUGUGUGAGAUCAGCAGAAGAUCAUGGAUUAUGAACGAUCAUCGUGUUCCGCUCCAGCAGGACAUGAUGAGCUUCAGAUCUUUCCACAGCAGGACACUGACAGAACUCAACCCACCUUGUAACACUCCUCAGCCGAGUUACCAUGGAGACGUACUCAAUAUCAGCUUCAUGGAUCAACGUAAUGAUAUAAUGAACUUGGAGACCUUCUGUCUUUGUGGAUAUAAUGCCAUAACAUACUUGUCCAAGACGUUUGAAGAUGUGCUAAGGUCCCAAAAAAUUGAUGCGCAGGACAUCCGGAAUGGCAUUUCCCAUUUCCACACAAAGAAAUCCAACCUCCUGAACGCCCCAUGGCCACGCCCACCUAACAUCAUUCCAAAGAAGAGUUUUAUUGGCAGACACCAUGACUGCCUGAGCCUCACCACGUUCCGUGCAAUGGAGAGGACACAUGUGGAAAGAAAUAUGGAGGACGGACUGAGGGAGCGAGCCAAGAGAGUGAUGAAGGCACAGAAUCAUCGUGAAGAAACCAGAGGUCACUGUAAAGGAUUCAUGGAGGCGCGAAGGACAGAGGUGCUACUGAGGAAGGGGUCAGAGCAAGGUAAACUGGAGGAAAUACUCAAACUGCAGAAAAACAUACAGGAGCAGAAAGUCCAGCUAGUUCAUCAGAAGUACCUCAAGUUCCUGAUGGAGAAGCAGAGGAACAUGACGGAGCAGGAGACAGUGAAGCGCUUUAGCCGGCAGCAUGGUGCUCUGACUAAAGCCUUUAGUAAACAUUACACAGAAUGGAGAACCAGAGAGACUCUGGAUGAGAGGCAACGACACAUUGCAAUUAGCACAUUGCACACCAGAUCUCUAAAAGAGCAGGGGCACCUGGGGAACAGAACGCAGAAUAAAUCAACCACGUCCCGGGUAUCCAUAAAUGCUCUGCCAUUUCGCGAGCAGCAUCUUUCUGACCGAGAGAAAUCAGGUGAAAUCCAGCUGUUUCCAGGUGCACUGACUUGAGAUGCAUCAGCCAUAAAAUCUGUGCAAAUUAGCAUGAAAACUGUGUAGGUCAGCAGUUCUGUUUGAAUUGUAUGGCUUUAUCACUGGCUUUAAGGUCCAUGAAAUCUCAACAAACAUGUUUAAAUAAACUUUAACAGUCA